AGUGCUGUACUGUAAGUAUGUGAUACCUGAUGUGUCUACACUGAUGUGUCGUAUCUACUGCUAUUUAUAUUAAUAAAACUGCAAAUAUAUAAACGAGAUAAUGCCAAGUACAUGUUGCAUUGUUAAUUGCAAUAAUACGAAUAAAAAAGGAUAUCACUUAUUUAAAUUUGCAGUUUUACUAAUAUAAAUAGUAGUAGACACAUCAGGUGUCACAUACGCACUACCACGCACUACUACAUACGCAUUGGGUAUUCACAUACACACUACAAAACACACCGCCGCCAUAGCUUGGCGGUCUUCAUGGCCGAACUGGAAAAUGGGCGGGAUACAGCUCUUUUGAGAAGGGGGAAAAGAGAUGAAUCCUUAAUUUUACCAGUCAAUGAUUCUAUUAGUGCUACCUUAGAUACAGAACAGCUGCAUGCGAAAACUACGGUUAUGAUUAGUCAGCACUUUAAAGAAGAUUGUAUUUGGCUGAACGAAAGAAAAGAAGAUAUAAAGAAUCCAAGACUUCAAAACUGUUUAAAUGAAAUUAGGAGUCGUUCGCAGUUAUCAGGUCAUAUGAAUGAUUGGAAGAUUCAUAUCUGUUCAAAGAAUAAUUUCCCAACUGCGGCUGGUUUAGCUUCCAGUGCUGCAGGAUAUGCAUGCUUAACAGCAGCACUAACUAAGCUUUAUAAAGUAGAGGGUGACAUUAGUCUCAUAGCACGUUCUGGCUCUGGCUCAGCAUGUCGCAGUAUUAUGGGUGGUUUUGUGAGAUGGCAUAUGGGAAUGGAUAAAUAUGGCAUGGACAGUUUAGCAAAACAAAUUGUGCCUGCCUCUCAUUGGCCAGAGAUGAGGAUUUUGUUGAUAGUUGUAAAUAGUGAACAGAAAAAAGUAUCGAGCACAAUUGGCAUGAAAAGGAGCAUGGAAACAUCAGAGUUCAUGCAGCACAGAAUAGCAAAUGUUCCAGAAAAGGCUGAUAAAAUGCAGUGUGCAAUUAUCCAAAAAAAUUUUAAAACCUUUGCUGAGCUCACUAUGAAGGAUUCUAAUCAGAUGCAUGCUGUAUGUCAAGAUACAUAUCCACCAUGCGUUUACAUGAAUGAUGUUUCUCAUAGUAUCGUAAAUUUUAUACAUUCAUACAAUGAUGCAAUGAAUGAUAUAAAGGUUGCAUACACUUAUGAUGCAGGGCCUAAUGCUACGUUAUACUUAAUGGAGAAAGAUGUGCCUGGAAUAAUAGGUGUCUUGGACUAUUUCUUUCCUCCUCCUGAAAACAUUGCAAUUGAAUAUAAAAGAGGAUUACCUAUCAAAGGGAUUGAGCCUUCGCAAGAUCUGUUGAAGAAAUUGAAAUUUUGGAAACAUUCACCAGGACAAUUUCAAUAUAUCAUAUAUACUAAAGUAGGAGAUGGGCCUAAAUAUUUGUAUGAUCCUCAGGAUCACUUGUUAAAUGGUCAAGGAAAUCCUAUUAAAUGCCUUUGACUAAAUUUUUUGAUAUAUAAUUUUAUCUGCUGUACAAAUAUCUUUUUUAAAAU